CUCCCCUCUACUCCAUGCUUAUUAUAAUUCCUUGAUCUAUUUCCUCCCCAUAACUUUAGAUAGUUUCUUGAUCCUUAGCACAAAAUAAAUUCACUCUUUUAUAUGUCAUUAAAAAGGACAUUUAUCAGUUCAUAUAUUCUUGAUAUUCUCUUUGCAAUGGAGCUGAAGAUCACUAGCUUAACUGCCAUUUUCUUCCUCUUCCUCCUCCUGAUUGGACCUUGUUCUUCUUCAGGAAAAAUGGAUUUGUUAAACAUGGAUUCGGGAAUUUAUGAAAUUGAUUAUAGAGGUCCAGAAACUCAUACUUAUAUUCCUCCACCAACUGGAUCAAGGGGAAGGCAUAAUUUUCAACACCAAAGCAUGUUACAACAUCGCAAAUUCAAAGGCUUGAGAGCUAGUAAGAUCAGAGAAAAGGGGAAGAAAAUUCAUAGAUGAAUUUCUUAGAAUGUGAUGUGUUUGGGGUGUUCUUUUGAAAUUUGGAUCAGCAAUCAAGAAGAGGUGCUUCUUUGAGAUAUACUUAGAGAAAAUGUUGUCCAGCAUCUGGAGAAUCUAGAGAGGAAUUUAAUCAAAUAUCAAAUGCAUUAGCUUGGGAUUUUUUAAAUUACCUUAUAAUAUAUCUACGAAAAAUUGUAUAAAUGAGCCUUGUGGGACUUUGAUUAGUGCAAUUAUAUUCAUUAUUAUUCAAUAAAAUCGUUGUCAUUCAGCAUUUA